UUCUGGGGCACCUCUGGUUUGCAAGGGAUAAACCCACCAUUCAUAUACGGCUGGAAUUUGCAGAGGAUGCCAAUGUUACACGAAGACCUAAUCUCCAAAAUUGCUAUCUUUGUCGGGUUCUCUUUCCAUUUGCAUUCCUAUUUCCACAUAAUGCUCGAUGCUCAUCCAUUUCUACUCACAUAUAAUCUUCCCAUCAACUUACCGUUUCCCCCCAUAUCUCUCCCACUUUCCCCCUUUUUUUGUCAUUCAUACCAUUUUCUAAUGACCCGACACCCUUCUGCUUGAUUUCAUAACCAGUUUUUCUGUAUUUCGAUAGCGGGAAUUGCUUGAAAGAUCCAUCUUUCAAACACCCAAAGUGAAAAAACGAUGGCUUCGGUGAAUCUUGGUUCUUGGGUUCAAUCUUACUCAAUUUUCAACCAAGCUUCUAGAUCCAAAUCUUUUCUUUUUCCCAGAUCGUUUCCGUUCAAUCCCCUUAUGAAUCUGUCAUCUUCAACCUCGAAAGCUCACGGCUUUACAUCUGUUCCUUCGGUUUCAGCGGUUUUUACCGAAGGAGACACCGUGAAGGAGGAAGAGCAGCACCCUCAAAACCUGACUUUUGACUUCAAAUCCUACAUGAUUCAAAAGGCAACGACGAUUAACCAGGCCCUGGACUCGGCUGUUCCAAUCCGUGACCCGGUUAAAAUCUAUGAAGCGAUGCGUUACUCGCUUUUAGCUGGCGGCAAAAGGGUCCGGCCGAUGCUCUGUCUAGCUGCUUGUGAGCUUGUUGGUGGCCAAGAAUCCAAGGCUUUGCCGGCUGCUUGUGCUGUUGAAAUGAUCCACACCAUGUCUCUAAUCCACGAUGAUCUUCCUUGCAUGGACAACGACGAUCUGCGUAGAGGAAAACCAACUAAUCACAAGGUAUACGGUGAGGAUAUCGCUGUCUUAGCUGGGGAUGCUCUAUUAGCUUAUGCUUUCGAACAUAUAGCCGUUUCUACUGUUGGUGUUUCACAUGGUAGGAUAGUGAGAGCAGUUGGAGAAUUAGCUAAAUCCAUUGGGGCUGAAGGGUUAGUGGCUGGUCAAGUUGUGGAUAUAUGUAGUGAGGGACUAACAGAUGUGGGGUUGGAUCGUUUAGAAUUCAUUCAUGUUCACAAAACUGCUGCUUUGCUUGAAGCUGCUGUGGUUUUGGGGGCUAUUCUCGGAGGCGGAUGCGAUGAAGAUGUCAAAAAAUUGAGGAAAUUCGCUCGUAAUAUCGGUCUUCUGUUUCAGGUUGUUGAUGAUAUUCUUGAUGUCACAAAGUCAUCCAAGGAACUAGGGAAGACUGCAGGCAAAGAUUUGGUAGCUGAUAAAGUGACUUAUCCUAAGUUGAUCGGAAUCGAGAAGUCGAGGGAGUUUGCAGAGAAGUUGAGAAGUGAUUCAUUGGAGUUGCUUCAAGGAUUUAAUCCUGAGAAGGCUGCUCCUUUGGUUGCUUUGGCCAAUUACAUAGCUUACAGGCGAAACUAACUUUUCUUUUUGUUGUUGUAUAAUUCUUAUUCUUGUUGGUUUAUGUUAAGGUUGAAUUGGCCU